AUGGCAGUGGGGUGUAAGAACGGCUUCGCAUUUGGUGCGGCUGCAGCUGCAGUUUUAGCAACUCUCGCGCGCGCCGCCCCGAUCGAUAACUUCCCAAUCAACUCUCAACUACCGCCUGUAGCCCGAAUCUCAGAAGCUUUCGAGUUCAUCUUCUCCCCGAUAACAUUCUCCUCUCCCUCAGAUAUCACGUACCGCCUCGAAAACGCGCCGAAAUGGCUUUCCAUCGAUAGCGACUCGCGACGACUCUUUGGAACGCCGAGUGAUGAAGACGUCCCGCCUGGAGAGGUCGUCGGAGUCCCAAUCCAACUAGUUGCGGAAGACGAGACGGGCUCGACAACAGCGACCCCGACUUUAGUUGUAUCCAGAAAUAAGACGCCGAAAAUCUCUAUACCUCUCUCAGAACAGCUCCCAAAACUUGGGACGUAUAUAGCACCUUCAUCCAUACACUUCCAUCCAUCUACAGAAUUUUCUUUCAGCUUCGACAAGCAAACGUUCCGCACAGAUGUCGGAGACGGUGGGCUUAACUAUUAUGCCGUAUCUGGCGACAACGUACCUCUCCCUUCUUGGAUAACUUUUAAUACCGACGACCUCACAUUUUCCGGCAAGACGCCUCCUUUCGAAUCUUUAGUCCAACCCCCGCAAACAUUUACUUUCCAACUAGUUGCGUCAGAUGUCGUGGGGUUCGCAUCUAUCUCGGCGCCUUUCUCGAUCGUGGUAGGAAAUCACGAAUUAAUUGCCGAUCCACCAAUAGUCAAGCUCAAUGCAACACAAGGGAAGACCUUCGAAUUUAAGGGUCUGCAGAACGCUUUAAAGCUUGACAACAACCCCCUAAAGCCAGAAGAUGUCGACAGUAUUUCUGCAGUCGACUUACCACCCUGGAUGUCCUUCGAUGAUAAGACAUGGGUGUUGAAGGGUAAACCCGACGAUACCGCCGAAUCGUCUAACAUCACCAUAUCCGUCACAGACAAAUACACCGACACAUUGAACCUCACAAUUUCGGUUCAUUUUAGCCUGUUCCUCUCUGACUUGCCAGAUCUCGACCUCAAAUCGGGCGAUGACUUCAAAUUCGAUCUGAGGAAGUAUCUCUCGAACCCUUCUGAUAUCCGGGUUACGAUGAAGAACGAUAAGGAUUCGCAUUGGGCAGAAUUUAACACAUCGUCCUUCAUCCUCUCUGGAUCGGUACCUGAGCCCAAAUCAGCGAAAUCCGUGUCAAUGCCGCAUGUAAUUUUCAAUGCUGCAUCAAAACAUACGAAUGACACUGAAACUAAAACCAUGAACAUACACAUCGACUCACCGACUCCCUCCUCUCACGAAAGCUCACCUAAACCGAGCAAUGAACCGGAAGAUGACGGCCAGGAAGAGUCGAACAAGAACUUACUAUGGUUACUUGUAAUACCGAUAUUCUUAGCAUUUGCUGGGAUCAUAGUCCUUCUUUUCCACAUCCGAAGGCGACGCCACCAGCCAAGGAGACUUGAGGUGUCCGGACCCUUACCGGGGAGCUUUAUGGCCAACCGCCCCGGAAGCUAUGACAAGGGCUCCGGCUCCGGUCAAACCGACAGGACAAUGGUGAAUGUAGUACCACCGCGCCUUUCUAAAGCGACUUUAUCGGCGCAGAAUAUCCGAAACUCGGCGGGUGCCACGAACCAACGUGCCUCGCGGACGGAAACGAGUUCAAGUUUAACAGGAAACAUACUGCCACAUGCUAUGAUGGCAAUGUAUUCCAGGGCAAAAUCGCCCGAGCAUAGCGUCAUUCUAGAGGGGAGUAGCUCUGUGUCCGGGGGACGUAGUCAGCCUUCUCCGCCACUGAUGAUAGGGGCGACGGACGAGAUCAGUCUAUUAUCGGAUACUAGUCUCGGAGAAGGGGAUGCAUAUAUCGUGCAAGCACAGUCGUAUACCAUCCCUCGGGGGCCUCGCCAAGAUCCAACACGUAAUCUCUCAGUCCCAACGAAUCCGGAGCCGUUUAGUAUACAAAACACGCCGGAGAUCGCAUAUAUCGCAGGCGGCAGACAUGAUUCCAGUUCAGACGACGCGGUCCCGCCACCAAUCGGCUAUGCUACACAGCCAAAGCCGGCACAGCAGGAAGAUACGGGAUUGACACUUCGUGAUGUCGGUAAAAGGAUAUCUAAUUUAUGGAAGAGAGAGAGCAAGGUCCAGCUUCCGGAGGAGCAGGUGCGGAAUAGUAUGCACAGCAGCUCCACGGACCAGACAACUUACACGAGUAUCCUGACAUCUGGACUAACCAAUGGAGCCGAAGAGGAAGAGGCCACAACGAGCAUGAACUUGGUCGCAAAACCGACUAUAAUACAUAUACCCAGCAGGCCGGGAGAAGUGCGACAGGUGAGCAGGAGGGUAAGCGAAUCUUCGCCACUCUUCGGCGGUCGGUCACUCAUACAAUCACCGCGAAACUUCGGCUUAGUGAAUCAUUCACCCGAAACAGUAAUACAGGCGAGCCCAGAGCUUCCGCCAAACCUAGAAGAUUUCGCAAACCCUCGCAAUAGCGAUUCGUCGUGGGAUCGGAUUGCCAGGAACUCCUUGGGCAUCGCAUAUAAAGACCUUAUUACCGAGCCGGAGAAGGUCAUCCCACGUCAAGAAUCUCCCAUAGAUCCAGCUCAACACGAGAACUGGAUAAUACAUAAUAGAGCUCAGGAUUUGUUAUCCCCGGGCCAAUGGAUCCAGCCAAGCACGACCGUCAACGUCAACAUGGUGGGAAUAGCGCGUACCUCGCCUUUCAACACAUCUAGCGAACUGCCGAGAUUACCGCCUACGACGGCACUGGCGAUGUCUAAGGGCGAAGGGAAAGGUAGAAUGGAGAUGAGCCGCCCAUCGCCGAACUCUACGCUGCAGAGUACGCCGUCGCUUACAUCGAGGUCUGAUAAAUCGUACUCAUCGCGGGACGAGCUUUUCUUCAACACCCGCAGCCACAGGCAAAAGACGCCUGGCGGAUUUCGUCUAGCAACGCAGACGCCGUCACCGGAUCACGGAUGGGAUGCGCCGAACCGGCCCUUACCCGAGACGCCCGUGCGCAGCAGAGCGCCGCUAGCAGAUCGGACCAAUAACGCAUACUACGGCCCUACAGGGGGAGACGGGCCAAGCUUCGGCAUUGAGAACGUGCCUUCCAAGAACUGGAAAUCGACGAGGAGCCUCAAGAGCGCGAAAAGCUUGCGCAGCGUCUGGGCCGAUGAGGAUGACGAGGACGCGUGGGAGGAUAUACGCCCGCCGACGACUAUUGAUGGGUGGGAGGACGAUAGCGAGGGGAGCUUUACGGUUUAUAUCUAA